GUAGAGAGGGCGCUGUUCCAACCGCACCGUUUCACUCUGCAUGCGGGCGAGGGCGCGUCUGCCCUGGCAUCGGGGCAGUCGGGCGCUGAGGACUCAGCCGUAUAUAAGAGCGCCGACGUCCUCGCCCAGAGGUCUGUUGAGAGCGCCGCGGGCUCUCACGCGGGCGUCGGGGCAUCGCAGACCCCGUCAGCUUCGGGCAAGCGCGCCGCUUUCGAUCCCAAUGAAGUUUUGGAAGUGCCCGAUAGCUUGAGCCCAGAGAAGCCCCCGUCCGACGUAGGAUCGCAGUUUGCUCCCUCCGAGCCCCGUCAUGGUUAUGACAGUUUGUUUACGAUGGGCGUGUGUACGCCAGCGAGGGUGCACGACGCAGGCGAGGGCCUGUGGACCCCGACCAAGGCCGUUUCAGACUCGGGCAACAGUAUCCAGCCCCCGCUCAAGAGAAAGCGCAAGUGGCUUUUGAAGCCAGAGUUUGGCGGCCCUGCUUCCAGCACUUACGACAGCGGGCAGAAGGAAAUCAAACUUUUGGAUUUGCUGGGCCACAAGCUCCAGAGCCCUAGCAUGGUGCUUAGCGAGCUCUCACAGGCUUUCCCUCCGUGA